AUGUCGGCUUUGGAUAACCUCAACCAAAAUGUUUUUGGGCUCGUGGCAUUGAUUGUUUCGGUAAUAGCACUCUUGACAACUUGUUUGCAGGUGGCACAGCAAUAUUUCUCGAGUGCCGAGGGGUAUAGACGAUGUGCCGAGUCAGUGAUGGGGCUCUGGUCCGGGGGAACUCAUCGACAGUUAAGGAUACGGGAGUUUCGAGUCGAGGUUGUUUUUGAAGUUCCAGUUAUAUUCGUUGCAUCGCCCAGCAAUACAAGGGGUCCAAUUUUGAAUAAACCAAUUCAUUAUAUCGAUGGCACUCCAGAAUCAUACAAGAAUACCAAAGUUCGCCAACCGAUUGACCAACUAAAGAAAGAUAAGGAAACUACUCAACGGAUUCAUACGGCAGAUGAUGAACGGGCAUCUUGGGUUACGUUGUUAUCGAGUCUACAAACUGAGGAAUUAAUAUCGCGAGAAUGGGACAAGAAACCUCGACCGAGUAGACCACCAUCUGUUGGACAUCAACCGAUAAAACCUCCAAAGUACGAAUUAGCUGUGGGUUUACAGGUCAAAACUCGGUCUUGGGAUUUCGUUCCAGCUAGCAUGACUAAACCAUAUGCUACAUCUGCUAUAUGUCACCUGGUGGAAAUGAUGGCAUUAUUGGGAAUGUAUUGGAAGGUCUUUGAUCAAAUACAAUGGAACCUUAGAGCUGAAGGCAAUGGUUUCAUUCUUACCUCGACGACGGUUCAUGGUUUAGGUGUUAUGGUUGUGUUUACUGUUACGGGACAAUCCAAAUUUGAGCAAGAUCGUGUCAUUCCAUCAAAUGAUAUCAAGGCAUUAUGCUUUGGGACGGUACCUAAUAUAUUCGAAGAAAAGGGAUACUUAAAAGAGGAUGAUACGGAAUCUCAGAGUUUAGAAUUGAAGUUUGGAAGUCAAGAUGAUGUGGACUUGACAUUAGAGUCACUUGGCUGUACACCUGAAAUACUAGAGCGCUACAGAAAAGAUCACAGGCAUAUCUUCUCUGUAUCUUUUGAAAUCAUCGGCAUGCUUGGGAAGGUUACUCGAAUUCGUGGAAGCAAUUUCAGAAUGAUUCCCAACCCAACUCAAGAUCCUUGGUUGAAAAAAGCCGGUUCAAAACCCGCUUGGAAAGUUUCCAAACUCAUGGCCAUCUUUCAGGAAAAGCUUAGGGACAUUUACGCAAAAGAAAGUGAUGACGAUGAAACUUCCAACCUUCAUCCCUUCGCCAAAAUCAUUCAACAAUGGAAAGAUAUCCAAUCUCUUCAUCCCGGACAAGAAAUCGAUGAAUAUAAUCUUAGUAUUGAAAUGCGCGAAAUGAUCCACGAUGCUAUAGACGACCAAACAGAUUACCUCCUCCACAAACUCAGACAGAAAGAUGUACUUCAAGUUGUCGUUGCUCAUUUGAAUGAAGUAACGAAAAUCCUCGAUGGGCGUAGUUCCUCUUUAAAUUCCAUCGUUUCUGUCCAAAAGGAAGAACCUUUGUUGAAAAUAUAUUUUGAUGAUAUUCGGCCCGCGGUCGCGAAACAUGAGAUCGAUGGGAAGAAACCGAGUUCCUCGGAAAUGGAACAGAGGAAUAUUAUCUGGGUUUCGCUAAUGUUCAGAAUGUUGUGUUGGCUUUUGUUGCAUGAUUGGAAUAAAGAUGAUAAAUGUGGUGUUCCGCCUGAUUUGAAGGGGAGCAGAAUGCCGGUUUUUAUUGGAUGA